AUGUCCACCAGGAUGCUAAUCCAGACACCAAUCCUAAAGGUCAAAGGUAUUAUCCAAUUGAAUAUCUCAUGGAAUUCCGAGUCCAUUAAUAUCUUGUAGUGGAGGACUAUAAACAAGGCUAUCCACGUCUCGCCGCCUUUCAAAGCCAGAACAGAAACUUCAGAAUUCUGAAAAGAUUUGACUACCUGCACAUGAGAAGCCUUAUCGAACAGCAAGAUCGACUAUCAGAACUUGAAAAUCAGCUGAAUGAUUGCGAUGACGCGGAGACCACGCAGCUAGGUUUAAGUAGUUGCCGGCAGGAUACCAACCACCAGAGGCGAGAUUUGUUGGUACAGAUACAUCGCCAAUUGAAGACUUAUGGUAAGUAGAUUCCGUCGAGACUGGCCCCCUACCUAAACACUAGUUUCAUUGCUGACGGAGUAAUUUAUGGGUGUCUGGACAAGGCUGUCCAGGAGUUCACCAACAUGCUACGACUCCCAGAGGUCCAGGUAAGGCAACACCAAAGUGUGUAUAACUGGUUUAUUGGGAAUAAGCCAUUGGUUCGUUCCGAGAGUGCAUGUUAUUUGAAUUGUCUGGAAGGCGACGAGUAUGUAAUUCUUGGCACGAACGAGCAUGAUAAAGCUGGGAUGGAGGCGCUUCUUGAUCUGGUUGUCCAAAACUUCCCAGGUCUUGCAAACCGAGUAAGUCAUACUUCAAAAUAUAGAUGGACUCUGGUGGGAACUUAUUUAACACAUUAUGAUUUUAGUUCUCUGUUAGUCAUGUGAGACAAACCUAACUUUAAAUAUAGUUUUUGUAGCUCCUGCUUACAAGCAUGUUUAGUCAAAGACUGAAGAUCCUCACAUCUUCCUCUGCCACCCAAAGCUCCUUGGUCACGUUGCCAAAACAAUUCUCAGUGUGCUUUUUCCUAUAUGCUUGGUAUUUCCUGUAAUGCUGCUGGUCUACGUUGGCAACAGCUCAUCUAGAUCCGUCAUCUACUGUAUUUCCACAUUUGCUGCGUCGUUCAUGGUCACUUGGGCAACGAAUACAUCCACAUAUAACUUGUUACUGGCACUGAUCACGUAA